AUGAUUCGAACUCCCGAUAUGAACAUCUUGUCUUUUAAGUGGGUCUUCAAGACUAAACUCAAGCCAGACGGCACAGUAGACAAACUAAAAACACGUCUUGUAGCCAAAGUAUUUGAACAAAAAGAAGGGAUUGACUACUUCGAAACAUUCAACCAAGUGGCUCGAACAGCAAUGAUACGUCUAGUUCUUGAUACGACUACUAACUGUGAAUGGCAUGUCAAACAACUUGAUGUGUCCAAUGCUUUCUUUCAUGGUGAGCUUCAAGAACCAAUCAAAUCUGUUCCCUCAAUGUUUGUCUGCCAUCACAAUCAGGAGACCCUUGUUCUACUCUUCUAUGUCGACAACAAACUACUCAUUGGAAGUGAUAGUUCCUUACUGGAUCAACUUCUUCAAGCAUUAAACAACCGCUUCUCUAUGAAAGAUGUUGGCCCUCCAAGUUACUUUUCUGGAAUAGAAUUUGAGUCUUACAAGAAUGUGCAGUUUCUACAUCAAGCGGCAUAUGCAUCAGACAUUCUUCAUCAAGCAGGCAUGUCAGAAUGCAACCCCAUGCCAACCCCUUUGCCAAAACACCUUGAGAAGCUCGAUAACACACCGUUUGUUGAGCCAACAUAUUUCAGAAGUCUAGCCGGCAAGCUCCAAUACUUGACAAUCACAAGACCAGACCUUUAG